CUCUGAUGUCAAUACUGUCAACAUUGUCAGGUCCCAGUUCAGUAUGAGCAUUCAUUUGCUUCGUUUCUAAAAGUGUGGGUGUUAACAAAUUUUAUAGUAUAUAGUGUUAAAAAUUAUGGGCUCAUUAGAAGCUUAGGCUUCUAUUUUUUUUAAUUAAAAGAAUAAUAUUAAAUCAAUUUGAAAGAGACAAUCUUCCCUGGAUCACAAUUAUCCUCAAGCACAAUUUUUACGAGGAAGUGCGGCGACAGCCGACCCUUAUUUAAAAGGGCCGUGCAUGAUUGGAAGGGAAGAGAAAAUUUUGAUCCGCAAAGCUGAAAAAUUAUUAAAACUGUUGGAUUUCCGAAGGAGAUGAGCGGUCAUGCCGCAGCCGGUCCUGUCGAAAGCAGCCAAGCGGUUCUCGAAAGAAUUCAAGUUACUGUCUUAUCAAAUAUGACAAAAACAGCACCAGUAACUCCCACCGCUUCGUCCGUCCCAGAAACAAAACCCGACACCAUGGAGAAGAAUAGAGCAAUAUCGAAUACCCAGAGGGUCUGGACAAGUCUGCUGGCAGGAGCGGCUGCAGGAGCUUUGGCCAAAACAACAAUUGCGCCUCUCGAUCGUACAAAGAUUAAUUUUCAAGUAUCAAAAAAGCCAUAUUCAGCGACUGCUGCUAUUGAUUUUAUUGUCAAUACCUAUCGUAAUCAUGGUCUCAUUAGUUUAUGGCGGGGAAAUAGUGCAACAAUGGUCAGAAUUAUUCCCUAUGCUGCCAUUCAAUUUACAGCUCACGAACAAUGGAAAAGGAUAUUGCACAUUAAUGGUCAUGAUUCACCGUCGGGAAAGAGAUUUCUGGCGGGUUCGUUGGCAGGCGUCACGUCCCAGGGGAUGACGUAUCCACUGGAUUUGGCGCGAGCGAGAAUGGCAGUGACCGAUAAGGAAGAAUUCAAAACCUUGCGACAGGUCUUCGUGCAAAUCUACAGGCGAGAAGGUGUUUUAGCUUAUUAUCGAGGUUUCACUGCAACUCUCUUGGGAGUCAUUCCAUACGCCGGUUGCAGUUUCUUCACAUAUGACACUCUGAAGAAUUUACUGGCUGUGUACACAACAAAUAGUCCUGGACUGACGGCGCUUUCCGGUCUGGCGUGCGGGGCUGUUGCCGGAGUGGUUGGACAGACGAGCAGCUAUCCUCUGGACAUCAUUCGCAGGAGGAUACAAACGUCAGCUGUCAAGGGUCAACACUACCGGACUGUCAUUAAAACCGCAACCAAGAUUUACACAGAGGAGGGUAUAAUGGCUUUCUUUAAAGGUUUAAGCAUGAACUGGGUAAAAGGUCCUGUGGCUGUCGGAAUUAGUUUUACGACCUACGAUGUGAUCCGUGAUACGCUUAGAAAAAUUAUAUGUUGAUUUCAAUUCUCUCAAGAUAUUUUUUUUUUAAUUGCGAAGGGGAAAAAUGAGAAAAUCAAAAUUCAUGUUUGAAAAAUAAUAAUUGGCAUUCAAAUAUUCA